GCUACGAUUGGAGGCACUGCCUUCCAGGAAUGACUUCACGGCAGACUCCGCCCCCGACGCUGGAGUGAAUGAAGGAGCGGAGCGAGAGCAGCAUCCGCCGCAAGGAGUUGCAAGGGACGUAGUUGACUGGGAACCGGGCGGCGGAGACAAGGGCGUCUGGGAAGACGGGACCGAGCAGCAGGUGGUCUUCUCGCCUGCAUCUCUGGAAGCAGCGGAAGCGUCUUCAGUCUCUGGCGGCGUCAGCAACUUCAGCCUCUCAGCACUGCUGCAUCAGCUGCAAUCGUAGCCUCUGUAUCCCUCCUGGCCGGGGCUGGCGGCUGCAGCAUCAGCCCUUUCCCGACAACAGCAGCUUAGCAUCCCUCAACCCAGCCUUCUCUUUCCCUUGGGUACCACUAGCCGCGGCUUAUUUUCUCUCUCUCUCUCUCCCGCCCCGCCGGCGUUUCUGCGGCUCUUUCCAUCCUCUCCGUCGUCGCCUGGGUCCCGGCUCCUUUUUCCUCGCCGUCUCCCCUUCCCGUCUUUUGACUCGCUUCACCUUUCCUCCUGCCGCCCUUUUCUCACCUCCCCGAGGCCCCCCUCAGCAGCCAAGACGCCGCGGGCUGUACUCCGAGUGAAGAAUGGGGCGUCGAAGCUGGCCAAAUCGCAGGCGGCGGCCGAAGCCCCCGGCGGCGCCCCCGGCGCGGGGCUGUUCAUGGAGCGUUCGCAAAGUCGCCUCAGCCUGUCUGCCUCCUUCGAAGCCCUGGCCAUUUACUUCCCCUGCAUGAACAGCUUCGAUGAGGAAGAGGCGGAAGGAGAUGGCCGCAAACUCAAAGGUGCUAUCCAGCGGAGUACAGAAACUGGACUGGCUGUUGAAAUGCCAAGUCGAACUAUCCGGCAAGCCAGUCACGAAUCCAUUGAGGACAGUAUGAACAGCUAUGGAUCAGAAGGAAACUUGAAUUUCAAUGGAGUUCAUCUGGCAUCCGCUGGGCAGUUCAGUGAUUUCUUGGGCAGCAUGGGACCAGCACAGUUUGUGGGUCGCCAGACCUUGGCCACUACCUCCAUGGGAGAUGUGGAAAUUGGAUUGCAAGAACGAAAUGGACAGCUGGAAGUGGAUAUUAUUCAAGCCCGAGGAUUGACUGCAAAGCCUGGCUCUAAAACCCUUCCAGCGGCAUACAUCAAGGCCUAUCUCCUAGAAAAUGGGGUUUGCAUUGCAAAGAAGAAAACUAAAGUGGCUCGCAAAUCUUUAGACCCCCUGUACAAUCAAGUGCUACUUUUCCCAGAGAGCCCGCAAGGCAAAGUACUUCAGGUGAUCGUCUGGGGAAACUACGGGCGCAUGGAACGCAAGCACUUCAUGGGUGUUGCUCGGGUCCUCUUGGAAGAACUGGAUUUGUCCACUCUGGCAGUUGGUUGGUAUAAGCUUUUCCCAACCUCUUCAAUGGUGGAUCCUACUACUGCUCCCCUCCUGCGCCAGUCCUCACAGCUUUCCCUGGAGAGUACAGUAGGACCUUGUUGUGACAGAUCUUAAUGAGCAAGGAAGUACUAAGGGUACUGAUUCUAUUUUUAAGAUCAUGAUCUCAAGGUUUUGUUUGCCUGAAUGCUGUCCUCAAGUGCAUUGCAUCUUCAAUCAGUCCCUGGGGGAGUCUGAAGGUGAGGAUAGCCAAGUAACCUUGAUGAAAUCAAAAUGGAGGCCACUGACCUUUCUCCAUCCAAGUAGGAGGAGCUGUGGGGCACAAGUCCUAAUUAUGAAAUGAUGCUGAUAAGACACACUUUUCGGUUUUUCAUUUAUUCACUGUCAUCUACACAUCUUCAGAUCAAUGUAACAUCUUGAAAUGUUGCAACCAUUUAUUUUCAUUGGGGAAGAUGUUCUUUUUUAAUACUAUUUUACAAAUUUGAAAAUAAAAUGAACUUUGGCUAUUCUUAAUUAUUCAAAGCAAACAUCUGACCUAAAUAACAGCAGUUUCAGGGAAACUUUACGGGGUUUGUAAAUGUUCUUUUUCCUUUUAAAGUGGGGAAGAGGGAGAAAGAACUGCAACUAUUUCUUAGAGCAAGUUGCAUUUAAGGUACAAGUACCAUUGCUGUAUUUUUUUAAUGCUGUGCCAAAUUACCAGCAGUGUCUUCUACUACUAUAGGACUUAGGUCAACAAUACUGCUGAAGAAUUAUUUUGUGGGAAGAACUAGAAAAGAUUCUAGGUCACUCAAUUGCAACACAGAACAUAGCAAACCACUUAACUGGAACACUGCGCAAAAAUUACAAAUUGGAAAAUUUGUAGAGAUUAGAUUUAUUAUUGGAUAUGAACAUUGUCAGUACAGAAAGACACACACCAUACCUUACCUCAGCUUUUGCUGUGCUUCUUCUCAUUGUGUCUUCUUAUUUCCAUAUUCUAGCCAUGCUUUGGAUUUUUAGUGCAUAUCUUUUGAUGUAGAAUAGGGUUUUGUUUCAAACACAAUAAUUUAUUCCACUAUUGCAAGUAAAAUUACAAUAUAAAGGUUUGCUUUAUUUAAGGGGAAGAUACAAGAAGAUGACAUUCCAUUUAUCAUCUGAGAGACAUGUGCAAAGGGUUUUGGGAAGCUACAUUUAACAGAAGGAAAUUUUAUUUGAUCUACCAGUGUUGAGAGGCAACCUGGGGAAAAGAGAGAAAGAGCUGGAUUUUUCCAAGUUCAGUUGCAGGAAGUAGUAAAGGCAUUUUCACAAGUGACUCUAAAAGCAUCAUGAGGUCUUUGAAAUUAUUUGUGUUCAUAUGUGAAUUAUUAUAAUGCACUUUUGAACUAAUGAGCGCAGGGAAUAAUUAAAAUUGGCAUUUUGGCUUUCAUGUGGCUUUGUAUGCUUGUACAUAUAGCUAAUCUAUGAGUGAACAUGCCCUACUUGUCUUAUAUUCUUGAUUCCUCCAUGCAUCAUUAUACAAUUGUACAUGUUCCAGAAGCAGCAAAUAAGAAUAUGGCUUCUACUGUGCUAGAUAUACUGAUCUACAUCUAGCAUAAAGAGAACGUUUAUUUUUUAGCAGAGUUAGCUUUGAAUCAACAGAAGAGGUGGGGCUAUCACCAUUUGCAGAUGGAAUAAUGACUUUCUAACAAGUCACUUGUGAAAAUGCUCUAGUUGUUGCAGAUUACCUUUGGGAGAAUUUAAAACUAUAAGAAUAAUAAUAAUGUAAAUAUUUUAAAUUAGCCAAUAAAAAGGUUAGCUAUAUAUACACAUAUAUAAUAUACAGCUAGACAACAAAUAUCAACAGUUGGUGGUGGAUAAUUUAAUCACUAUCCUAGAUUACCUGGACAUUGUUCUAAAUGAAGGCAAUAGAAUUGUCUCUCCAAUCUGGUCCUCACCAAAUGUUUAGAUUACAUGGCCCUAAAUUCCCAGCCAGCAUGAUGGAUGUCCAUAUUUGGCUGGGAAUUCUGGGAUUUAUACCCCAACACAUCUAGAAGGUAACAUUCAUAAGACUGCAUUAGAGACAGUUGUUUUAAAUGGUGUUUCAUGCCAGGAUUAGAAAUUCUAUCUAGAUGUUAUUAUAUAUUCCUUUUCGUUUCUACUCUAAUGAUUGCUAUGUUUUUCUGUUAGAAUGGCAACAGUUGUCUUCAUUUCACGAUUCAAGAUUCCAAACUAUGUAUUAAUAUUUUGGAGCCAUCUGAAAAUGGCUUCCUAACCUGUUAUUACAGAAGAAAGUAGUAAUCAGGGGAAACACAAAAAAAGCAUGGCUAAAGCAUGACUAUAGGGAUACCCAUAGAAUGAAAUCUAGACAGUUGUAUGUUGUAUGUAGCAUUUUAAUGGUUUGUAAAAUAACAAUCAAAUGUUGAUCGCAAAAUCAAUAAGCCUAGUAUGAACUCUGCUAGGAAUAAUCUAAUAUAGGUAAUAGAAUACAAGAAUGAUGUUAAUUUUAAGCAUUUACAAUCAUAAAACCUCCAGAGUUUCAGUCUGAUUGUCUAAAAUUGUUUUAUUUAUGUGCUUUCCAGAGAAUUUCUUUCAACAUUCAUAUCAGAGAAUUUCUGUGUAUAGACUGAAGGAAGGUAGUUGCAGUAUAGACACUGGUCAAAGUAUGUUAUGACUCUAAGUUUAUUUUUAAAAACCUUAUACUUCAAGUUGGUAUAUAUUCAUAUUUAUGUAUAGUAAUUAUUAGGCAAUAUUGUACAAUAUCUGUAUGAAUUAGAAUAGUUUAGGUUAAAUUUAAUAGUUGGUAGCCAAUCUAACAAUCUUGAUGUUUAGAAGAACUAUAGGAAACUGAUGCAUUUCAGGAUUGGGAACUGAAGGGCAGAUGUUCAUGUUUUAUAAAUUCAAAAGAUGUUUUGGUUAUUUAAACUUAUAAAUCUGAUCGUAUUUUGUAUAUGUUCUGCAAUCAGCUGCCAAUUUUUACUGCAAAUUUAAAUAUCUUUUAUUCUUAUAUUCCCUGGAUAAUUAUCAACAAAAUAAAAAAGGCAACAAAAACUGCAUCCAAAAAAACCCCAAGGAUUCCACUAAGAGAUUCUAUUAAAUAUAGCAAAAUAGAAUUGAACAUUAACACGAUUAAAAUUCACUUCUUAAUAGAUUAAAGCCCUGGGAGCAUAAAAAAGAGUUUUGCGUGCCUAGGGCAAAAACCAUUGAUAAAGUUGAGUGGGACAAAGAUGAUGAAGUUUUCAGUAAGUUCUCAUCCUCUGAGAAAUUCUGCCUAAAGCUAUCUUGACUGAGAAGUAUACAUUAUGGCGUAUGAUUUAAUAUAUGUAAAUGUACACUCUGCAUUUGGAAAUAGACAAUGAAAUAUAAAGUUAACAUACAUUUGUGGUUUAAAUAUUUAUUUACUGUAAUAUACAGCUAUCUGACUUGGAAGGUUGCAAACAAUAAUUAAUAUGCAAACUUGUACAGGAAAGUACCAAAAGUAGUAGAAUACCAGCUGCAUUGAAAUAUUUCUGUUAAUUCAAGCUCAUAUCAGUAUGGGCUUUACGAUCAGGUUAAAAGCUGGUUCCAAGCCUGUUGAAUAAAUCACUGUUGUAAAAUGAGAUAUAAAUUGCUAUUUGAUCCAGAAUGAUUUCAAAUACAUUAUUAAACCAUAUGCAUAAUGCACAUAGUGAUUGUUUUUAAAUGAAGAAUUGGAAAUUGAUUUAUUGAAAUUCAGGUUUUAUGUCCUUUGUAAGCAUGCAAUUCCAUUAAUCGUUCUGUAUACAAAUUAUUUAUAAAUUAACUGAAAUUUGUUGAAAUAGCAGGCAAGGUUACUAACUCCUCUAUAAAGCUACAUCAGUGAUAGUAUUAAAUAAAAAUGGUGCAAGAGGGUAAACAACUGUUAUAGUGCUCCUCCAAUUCAUUUUAUGUGCCCUGCAUCUCAUUCAUGCUCAGGGCAGGAGAAAAAAGAGUCACAAGUUAUAGCUUCCACAUCUUGGCCGGGUUCUCUGCAUCCUCUAAAAGAGAAACCAGCUGUACACCUGGAUGGGGCAGAAUUUACUAAUCUUAUAUCAAGGUAACAGGAAGGGUAAAAAAUAUCAAGAUGGCAGCCCUGAUCACCCAAUAAAGUCCUAACAUGAAGUCCUGGUGCAUGUACUACAAGUCAAACAGAGGGAAGGAGUACUUGUAACCUUUUAAAUUUAUGGAAAUUAUUUAGCCUCUUCUCAUUCCUAGCAUUCAGUCCAAAAGACUUCCCCUGAAGAUGGAUCUAUUAUGGGAGUGAUAUUAUUAAUAAUUAUUGACAAAACUGUGUCAUCAGAGGGAAUUAGCAACGCUCAUAGUUGCAAGAGUCCAGCAGUUAUCAUAAAUAGUAAGGAAGGUAUAUAGAUUUGAUCUGAAAACAACCACUUCCAACCCCUACAUACAUGCAAAUAUACCUACCUACAAAAUUUUCUUGUUUUUUUGGCACCGGAAUUAAGUUAUAUUUUAGGUGCAGUUUUUCUUCACCUGUAUACAUCUGAUAAAAGAUGAGCCAUACCAGAUGCAAAUUUAUUUAUUUUUUAAACAGCCAUAGAUGGUGUAGAAAUUUGCAAGAAUAAAGAUGGGAUUUCUCUUCCAUCUUCCUAACUGUAGAAAAGGAGAAACUAAGAUUUGUUAAGAAUGAAAAGAUCUGUCUGUAAUAGUUUUCAUGGCACAGGAUGUACCCAGAUUCAGAAUUGAAAUCUGUUUUUGAAACAGGAAAGUGAAUCUGGGUUUCCAGUGCCUGAGAGUACCUGAUUAUUCUUUCUCGAUAAGUAGAAUUAUUUUUAUAAUUUCUAGCUCUGUGAUGAGAGUUCCGAAGAAAAAGAAAAGAAUAAAUCACGAAUGGUUUUAUUGUAUAUAUAACACCUUUUUAAUGUUUCUAAUACUGGAUCUCUUAUAAAUGUACUGUUUAAAAAGUAGUCAUAAAUUAAUGUAUAGAAGGAAAUUCUGUAGAUGUUGAGGCAGUAAGAAUCUCACUGUAAGCAUGUAUAGUAGAAACCAUCUUAGAGAGCAGGUCAACUUUUUAAUGAAAUAAAUUCUAAGUUUAUUACAGGCUGUUUAACACUGGAGAAAUAUGUUCUUUAAAAACAAAAAAUGCUGUAUUUUUUUUUACAGAGGCUAUAUAAUUUAAUCUUUUUUUAAAACAGAAAAUGUUUUAAGCUCUUGGUAUAUGUAAUAUUGUUUUUCUUGUCCAUAGAAACAUUUUUUAAACCUACUAGAAAUAAAUGGGUUACAGGAUCAUAGUAACUGGUUUGUCCCACUGAAUUAAAACAGAACUUCAGCACAACUAAUAAGUUAACCUUGAAAGACUUUAUCGAUUUAGCAUUAGAUACAGUAUAUUAUAAUUUAAACAUUUUAGUCUGGAAAUACAGAAAUAUGUAAAUAGAUACCAGGAAAUCUUCCUGUAGAAAUUUCACUUGAAAUUAUAAUUUAAUAUUAUUAAUAUUGUGUAAGAAUAUUUGCAAUUCUUUAUUAAAUCACUGCUAACAGUCUUAAGAACCAAGCCUUUCUUGAAGGAAUUGAUGUAAUUUGAAGCUGAGGGGGAAAAAAGAGAUCUACUUUGCUAGUUGUCCUAAUCCUAUAUCCCUAUAAACAAAAUAAAAGAGUCUUUUUGAUAAUAAGUUUAAAUAGUCUUACAAGCAAUAAUAUAUUUUUUUUGGUGUGUAUUGAUUGUGAUGUGGAGAUGGCAGUACAUGGAUAUAAUCUACAAUGACAGACUUAAUUCUUUGGAAUUUCAGCUCUGGAAUAGCCAUAUUAAUCAUGGUCCUUUAAAUGUAUGUUUUAGUAAUGCUCUGCCAAUGGUUUAAUUCUCAAUUCACUUGUGCAAGCAAAUCCUUUCACUGACCAUCCCAUUUCUGUAAGUUGACUUUCAUGAUACAGGGUUCAAUAUAAAAUUUACAGAUGUGUCAGAUUUUCUAAUUUUGGGAUCAUUUAACAUUUGUCAUUGUUAUUCCAGGCUUUGUCACUGCCAAAAUGUAAACUCUGAAUUUCAUAGUAGCACUGCCCCCUCUAAUGGCCUCUUUGGCAAAUGUUCCUCACGGAAAGAAAUGAGUUGUAGUGCAUUAUUUUUCCUGGGCUAUAUUCUAAUAUUUCUAAGAUGACACCAAAGCAGAGAAAUACAUGCACCUUUAUAAACUGCAAGGAUGAAUCAAAUGGCCAAACCUGCAAAAAUAUAUUGUUUGUGUGUCUUUUCACAAAAUUGCAAAUGAUUUCUGGGAGCUUUUACCUAAGGCUUCUGCCAGAGGACAGCUGUAGAAUCUACUUUGUUAAAUAGCAUCCAAAAAACCAUCAGCCCAAUUUACAAAAUAAAUAUUAUUCUGCUCCAUCCAGUGCCAAACAAAAGUGCUGAAAUGCAAUGAGAAGGGGGGGGGAAAUGAGCAGGCAAAAUCCCAUUGAAAAUAUAUUUUACUUUCUUGUGCUAAAAUUUAGCUCAGGUAGCCCUUUUUUUCUGGCAAUCUGAUGGAAAAUUAAAUACCUUUGUGCUGAUUAAUUUAAUUGCCAGCUACAUUUAGCGUGCCAAAUUUAAAAUAGCUGUCAGGGAACAAUUCCUCUGGGCCAAAUCUUACUUCCAUCUGCCAAACCCAGAGCCCAAACACAAAGGUACAGUAUUUUCCCUAGAGAAGUCCACCACUCUAAUGCCAAGGCCUUCCCUGAAAAGUCACAUUAUGUGUACUGGUGUUUCUCAACCUUGGCUACUUUAAGAUGUGUAAACUUCAACUCCUUCAAUUCCCAAAUCGGCAUGACUACAGUAGUUAAAUCAUGAAAUUCAUCAUGAUAAAGUGAUGGCUGCCAACAUAGGAAGCUCUAAAAGAAGGUUAUAUAUAUUCAAAGAAUAUGAAACUAGUUACAAUAUCUGCUAGCCUACUUCUAGAGACUAGCUGCUAAGAAACCAGUGUAAGGGGGGGGGUCAAAUAUUGUUUUCGGAUUGCAUCUUUGACACAAUGGGAAACAAUAUAAAAGAGUCCUUUUUUAUAAGCAUCAUGGUGCAAUGAAUGAGUGGCAUGAUGGCCUAGUUGUAAAGAUGUUUGCCUCCCACUCAGAAGGUUGAGAGUUCAAUAGCCAAGGGCUCUAAAAUAAUAACUCAUAUAGGUAAGGGCCUUUUGUGAGGGUUGAUUAAGUCCAGCCUGUUCUGCCCUGUACACAAUAACUCUAGGUGUGAAGAUAGUCAAAAUAUACUGUGUAAAAGUAUGGAAAAAAUGAGAUCUUGGCAGUCAUUUAGUCCCUAUCUCCCUGGUUAAGGUAGGAUAUCUCAUUUCCAUUGCCAUGCUUAGCUGGUAUUAGAAUUUAAUAACCAGCACAUGAGAAUUCCAGCAGUUUCAGUAAAUAAAUAGGUUUGUUUUGUUUUAUUGCCAAUUUGCAACUGCAGCACACAGCACAAGCUCUCCCCCAAAAGACCAGGGCGCUAACUUCUACUAAUGAAUACUAUUAAAGUUUUACUAAGGUGCAUGAAUUUCCCUGGUUGGAAUUUUCUGUGGCAGAUUGUCCUGCCCACAGUCGCAAUGCUGUACAUGUGGCAAAGUGUGAUUUCACACAUAGUGUCUGGCACCUUCAUGUUGGAUACUGUCUUUUGUCUUUAAGGGAAGAUUCUGGUAUACUGUUUUCUUCGUUAAUUUUAUCUGGAAAAUACACAAUGGUUGGGUAAUUUAAAAUUAAGUGUUAAGAUAAAGAAAUUGUUGAAAAUAAUAAUAAUAAAAUAAUAAAAAAUC